AUGCUUCAAACUACAAAUGUCAAGAGCCUGCAAGUUGGUAUCAAGCACAAACUCAUGGGCGUAGAUGCAGACUUACGAUUCGAGGGAAUCUAUCCAACCAGGGCCUCGCAAGACUGCGAGAAGGGUUGGUUUUGUCCAUAUCUGUUUGCUAGUGCAAGAACGCCUUCAGUUCCUCGAGCCAACGACUUCUCCAUUUGCCAGUUCUUCGGUCCCUUCCUCGCUGGGGAUUACGCUCUAGCCCACAAGCUCCUCUCCGAAAGCGUCCACAACCUCGCCCUGUGUGACGCCAACCCACAAACUGAUAUCGGCACCAACCGCAUGGUGAUCCUCUUUACCGGCAUCUCCCCCUUCCGUGCAAACAUGUGGUCGACCUCUCGCCGCCCCGGGUGCGGCACCAUCAUCUUCCACCUCCUCGACGGCUGUCCCGCGCUCAUAAUUCCUGUGACCAAUAAAGCCCCCAUUUGCGCCUGGUCCCCGUGGACUCUCUCCCAAAUGCGCGCUUCACAGUACGCCAUGAAUCCGCAAGGUCCCGGGACUGGCGGGUACAGUGCUGAGUGGCACCAUGAGCAGAUUUGCGAGUGGUUAGAUACGAUUAUUAGUGUCCCGCAUAUCAAUCCAGCGAUUCGGGAGAAGUAUGUAGAUGUUCUUGGGAGAAGCGUGUCUUUGGUGAUUAAUGGCGCAUUGGCGCUUGAGAAGUGUAAGCCGUUGUUGGGGAAACUGGAUGCGGAGCGCGCCGGUAUUGUUAUGUUUAGGUAUUGA